AUGCCUAGGCCUACCUCAUCCUUCCGUGCUGGGGCCACGAAGAGUGCCGCGCUGAAGCACGGAAUGAUUGCACUCACACUGACCAAACUUACCAGACUGAAACGGGCCCAGGCACAGUACGGAUGGCCUAGUAUCAGUUCUCACUGGAUGAAGAUGAAGACUCUAAUGAAGUUUCCUGUGCUGCUUGUGAUCGUCACGGGGUCGUUUUUGGGGCUUUACGUGCUGCCUGACGUUUCUCAGUAUCAAAGCCACUGUCCCUGUGAGGAAUGUACAUUAGAAAAUGAUCCCUGGUUUAAGGCACGUUUCAACAAAUCAGUCCCCGUCUUUCUCACUGCUGACUACCAGCUACCUGAGGAUGCUUACAGAUGGUGGAAGAGAAUACUAUUCUCAAAGGGGAACCACAGCGUCUAUGAUGGACUUGUGGAGGAAAUAUUCAAAGUGAUCCCACACCACCCCAAUGUGAUGGCAGCAGGCUCGAAGAAGUGUGCUGUCGUUGGUAAUUCUGUCAACCUGAAGGGAUCACUCUAUGGACAGCUGAUAAAUUCCCAUGAUGUGGUGAUGAGGAUGAACGCUGCUGUAAUCAAAGGCUUCGAGGCAGACGUCGGGGACAAAACUACUCAUCAUAUCAUGUAUCCGGAGAGUUCAAUGCACUUGGACACUAAGACUCGUCUCGUCCUGUUUCCCUUUAAAAUACUGGAUCUGGAGUGGCUUCCCAAGGCUCUAACCACGGGAGCUUCGCGCUUUCGAGCAAAGAUCAGAGCUAACAAGGACUUGGUGAUGUUGGUAAAUCCGGCCUUUAUGAGGUACGUUCAUGUGAACUGGCUGGAGAAGAAGGGCAACUAUCCUUCUACAGGCUUCAUGACUGUGGUGCUGGCUCUGCAUAUCUGUGAAGAGGUACAUGUGUUUGGUUUUGGAGCUGAUAAGGAGGGAAACUGGAAUCAUUACUGGGCCUUAAACAGGUUCAAAAAACUAAAAACUGGAGCUCAUCCUGGACAUUUGGAGUAUGAAACCAUCAAAAAGCUGGCUCAGCUCAACAUCAUUCGGUUUUACACCGGGGUUUGA